UGGUGGUGAAGGCGGUGGCGAUCGCUCACAAAGAGAGAAUGGUGGGCCCAGAACGACCACUUUUUGUUCUGUUCGGCUCUUCCAUCGUUCAGUUCAGCUACAGCGAAGAAGGUUGGGGCGCUAUGCUCGCUGACAUCUAUUCUCGUAAAGCAGACAUAUUGGUGCGAGGAUAUAGUGGUUGGAAUUCAAGGCGUGCUCUCCAAGUUGUCGAACAAGUUUUUCCAAAGGAUGCUGCUAUACAACCUUCGUUGGUAAUAGUUUACUUUGGGGGCAAUGAUUCAAUGGGGCCUCACUCAUCUGGCUUGGGACCUCAUGUACCACUUCCAGAAUAUAUUGAAAACAUGAGAAGGAUUGCAAUUCAUCUCAAGAGCCUUUCAGAGAAAACACGCAUUAUAUUUCUUAGUUGCCCUCCUGUCAAUGAGGCGACAAUCCGUGAAAGAGAUUCAAGUUACAGUGGUAUAUUUAGCCCUAUGGAUCGAACAAAUGAAGCUUGCCGAAGAUACUCAGAAGCUUGUUUAGAGCUUUGUAGGGAGAUGGAUGUGAAGGCCAUUGAUCUUUGGACUGCAAUUCAAAAAAGGGAUGAUUGGUUGACUGCUUGCUUUACAGAUGGUAUUCAUCUUUCUUCUGAAGCAAGCAAGAUAGUUGUGAAGGAGAUACUAAAGGUCCUCAAGGAAGCCGAGUGGGAACCAUGUUUGCACUGGAAGUCUUUGCCAACUGAAUUUUCUGAGGAUUCCCCAUAUGAUAUUGUUGCAUUCAAUGGGAAGACUACUAUCAACCCUGCAGAGUGGACCUUUCAUAGGAAAAUACAGUGGGAGUAAAAACUGGAUUGAUAUGUGCUUUUGUCUACACAAUGGUGAUUGUUGUGAGGAGUGGGAAUUAA